AUGAAAGUAUUGUUGUUGUUCGUGUUAGUUUUUGGGUGUUUCAAUUUUAUUUUCUCAAAGAAAGGAGCAAAAAAUAAUUCAUAUGAAUGGAAAAUUGUUGGUAUACAGAAACCGGUUCUUAUGACAUUGGACGAAACUGAAACAAAAAUCACAGACGGAAUGCACUUUCACGUGUUUAAAGCUAUUCAAGAGAAAUUAAAAUUUAGAUAUUCUCUUGUAAAACCAAUGCCAGAAAGUUUUGGAUAUUUAACUGAAAACGGCUCGUGGACUGGAUUAGUUGAAAAAUUAGUAAAUAAGAACGCCGAUAUGGCCUUCAAUGGUUUAUUCCUCAACCCAACUCGUUUUGCAGCAGUGGAAUUUACUACACCAUUAGAGUUUCAGACUGCUGUGUUUUCCAUCAAAGCUCCAGAAAGAAUUCCAAAUUGGAUUUCCAUAAUAAAACCUUUCGGUUUAGAUAUGUGGAUAGCGAUUCUCUCAACGGUAUUCAUAUUUGGAUUAGUAUUGCAUAAAGUGAUCGAAAGGGAUUUCCUCACUGACGAAGUGGGAAUAUUCUGGCCACGAAGCCGUGUGUUCUGGAAUUUAUUUUGCACGCUUGUUUACCAAGGAAUUAAACUGGAGAACGUGAAAAGAUUCAAAUCCAGAUUUCUCGUGUCAAUGUGGUUGCUAUCAGUUGUAGUGUUGAUAAGUAGUUAUAGUGGAACUUUAAUAUCUUUUAUGUCUUGUCCAAUAACCGAGUCUGUUCCAAAAACUUUUGACGAACUAGCGAUUGCUGUCAAAAAUGGUGAGUAUUCGUGUGGUACUUUAGAAAAAGGAGCUAUAUGGAGUUACCUUAUGAAUUCCAACAACAACAAGGAAAAAAUUUUUAAAGAUAACAUCCUACGUCACAACAAUUUUUUGUCUUUGUCGAUUGCAAGCGAAAAAGUUAAGAAAGAACGUUUUUCUGUGAUAGACAGUAAAUAUUACACAAAUAAACUAGUGCAAAAAGAUCCACACGCAUAUAUCAUUUCUACAGAUGUUCUCGUCACAUUUGUUCAGUUUUAUGCUGUAAGAAAAGAAUUUCCGUUUAAGAAGGAAUUAAGUAAAACUGUAAUACGUAUAUUUGAAGCUGGAAUCGUCGAGAGAAAAGAUUAUGCAGAAACACCAAAGCUGCUAAAGUAUUCAGAAUUCCACGCAUUAGAAUUGGCUGACGUCAUUAGUCCAAUGAUAUUGCUUUCGAUUGGAUUUGCUUUAGCAUUAAUGUGCUUAUUUCUAGAAUUAUUCUGUAAAAGAAUAAUUGAAAAUCAACACGUGUAA